AUGAAUGACGAAAUAACUGGAAGUGUUGGUGAAGCUGUAGAUUUGGGCAAAACGGUUCAGAAUCUGCUGCCACCAAUCGGAGAGAAAAUAGAGACGGAGCCUGAGGUAGAAGGAGGAUUUACUUGGCAUAUUGAUGAUUGGUUUAAGUUGACUGAAGAUAAAUACGUUUCACCGCGAUUCAAGAUUGGUGAGUUUGAAUGGGAUAUACUACUAUUCCCUCAAGGUAAUCAUUCGAAAAGUCUGGCGAUAUACCUUGAGCCACAUGCUGAGGAAAAGGUUAAUGAAGAGACUGGUGAGACGGAGUACGUGGAUCCUGAUUGGUACUGUUGCGCCCAGUUUACGAUUGUUCUUUCGAGACCAGGUGAUGACAAUAGGUUGCACGUUAUUAACAGUUCCCAUCACAGGUUUAAUGCGAUCGAUACGGAUUGGGGGUUCGCCAGUUUUAUAGAUUUGAACCAACUGAAAUAUCCAUCGAAAUCGAAAGUAUCCGGUCUUCUAAAUCAAGGCCAAUUAAACGUCACUACAUUUGUUCGUAUCUUGAAGGAUCCAACCGGUGUACUAUGGCACAAUUUUGUCAAUUACGACUCGAAAAAAAUGACGGGAUAUGUGGGAUUUAGAAAUCAAGGUGCUACCUGUUAUUUGAAUUCACUAUUACAAUCAUAUUUCUUUACCAAAUACUUUAGAAGAUUGGUUUAUCAGAUUCCAACGUCUCAGGAAAAUCCCAAGGAUAGUGUGGUACUCGCCCUACAAAGAGCAUUUUAUCAAUUACAGGUUUCACAAUAUCCUCUGGAUACUAUGGAACUUACUCGAUCCUUCGGAUGGGAUAAUGUAGAAGCAUUUACGCAACACGAUGUACAAGAAUUGAACCGUAUAUUGAUGGAUCGGUUGGAGACAAGAAUGAAAGGCACUACUGUAGAGAAUAAGUUGAAUGAAAUCUUUGUCGGUAAGAUGAAAAGUUUCAUCAAAUGUAUUAAUGUGGAUUAUGAAUCAGCACGUACAGAGGAUUUUUGGGAUAUUCAAAUGAAUGUUAAGAAUUUGAAAGGCUUGAAGGAUUCGUUUGAAAACUAUAUUGAAGUGGAAUUGAUGGACGGUGAAAAUCAAUAUGCUGCUCAAGAUUACGGAUUGCAAGACGCCAAGAAAGGUGUUGUAUUUGAAUCUUUCCCCGCUGUUUUACAUUUACAACUUAAGAGAUUCGAAUACGAUUUUAAUUAUGAUCAAUUAGUUAAGAUAAAUGACCGUUAUGAAUUUCCAGAAAGAAUUGAUUUAUCGCCCUAUAUGGAUAAGGAUGUUUUGGAAGCUAAUCCAGGACCCCGGUGGUAUGGAUUACAUGGCGUCUUGGUUCAUACGGGUGAUAUAUCUACGGGUCACUACUAUGCAUUGAUAAAACCUGGUUUAGAAGACCAAUGGUAUAGAUUUGAUGAUGAAAGAGUUUGGAAGGUUUCGAAAAAACAGGCAUUUGAUGAGAAUUUUGGAUUUGAUAGGUUACCAGAUGAUAAAAUUCGUACAAUGACCAGAGAACAGUACCAAGAGUACUUUAUUGCACGUCAUACGAGUGCAUACAUGCUGGUUUACAUUCAAGAAGAUAAGAAAGACGAAAUUUUACAACCUGUUACUUCAGAAGACGUUCCUGAACAUGUGGUUACAAGCGUAGACAAGGAAAAUAGGGAACGUGAAUUGAAAGAGAGAGAAAUUAGAGAGGCUCAUUUGUAUACCACAGUUCGGGUCAAUUCUAUUGGUAAUUUCAUCCAUUAUCAAGGGUUUGAAACUUUCCCAAAUGACAAGUCAUCUCUUUUCUCACCAGAAUUGAACUCUGAAAAUUCAAUGCCGAUUAAUUUAAAGAUACCUUCGAAAACCUAUGUACGGGAUCUUUACAAAAAGAUCAAAGAAUGUCUCAAUAUCCCAUUGGACAGAGACGUCAGGUAUUGGAAAAUGGAAUAUCGUAGGAAUGGUACAAUUCGCCUAGAUGAGCCUCUAUCGAAGAAUAUAAGUGAUCAAACCCUAGAAAAGGCUUUACAGGAUGAGUCUAUGAGAAAAAUCCCAACGUUAAACGUUUUUGUUGAGGAACCAUACUUGGAUCUUGCCUUUUUGCUAAAACUACAGAAAUCUGGUCUUUUAAAAAUUGAGGGCGGCAGCAUCACAGAUGAGCUAAUACAGAAUCUAAGGCACAACAUCGAAACAAUUGCUCCCGCCAAUGAAAUUCCUAAGAUCUUAGAUGAUGUGAACCACCAAUUACUGUUUGUUAAAAAAUUUGAUCCACAGGCUCAAAGUCUAACGGGGGUUGCAUAUUGCGCCGUCAGUCAAUUAGAUGAGGUUUCAGUUUUAUCCAAGAUGAUUGGUGAAUUCAUCGGUACUGAAGAGCAGAUAGAGUUCUUCGAAGAGUUACAACCGGGUACUAUUGAACCUGUUUCAUUAAAGGAUAAAUUCUAUGCGGCAGAAUUGUGUUCAGGUGAUAUUCUUUCUUUCCAAGUUCCCAAUGCCCCAUUGCCGGACAUCUUUCCUGUGUACAAAACUUUGGAGGAAUUCUAUCAAUAUUUGAGACACAGGAUUAAGUUGAGAUUCGCUAAAUCUCAGGAAUCCACAGAAGAAUACGUCUUGAGUAACGAUUCACCUGAUAAUUUUGAGUUUUGGAUUUCGGCGCAUGCUACGUAUUCAGAUGUCGCAAGAGUCGUUUCGCAAUUCACUAAAGUUCAACCAGAAUAUCUGAAGAUAUUUGCGGUUUAUGCCAAUGGGAAAUUCCCUAUGAAAUCUGAGUCUUUCUUGGGUGAUUACAUCUUAAAAGAUUUCAACUGUGAAUUGACACCUUCAUUUGAGUACGAAGUUUUGUCGAUGCCUCUUAAAGAAUUGGAACAAUUGAAGUCAAUGAAAUUUUACUGGUUGAAAGAUAGUUAUAUUCACUAUCAAAGUUACGAAUUCAAGGUUACGAAUAAUUGUACGGUGGGAGAAUUCCUAGACAAGAUUCAAGCAAAGAUCGGAUUUUCUGAUGAAGAUAAGGGAAACAUUUUGCUAUGGACGAAUUACAAUUUCCAUUUCAAUGGAGUUUUAUCGGCUAAUAGUACUCUUAAGAGUAUUGGGAAAUCCGUUUUCUUAUUUGGAAGAAUUCUGCCGGAGGAACUUGCUCUAGUUAAACAACUGGAUGGCAUGAGUGAAGGAGAUGAUGACGAGGAAGAAGAGGAUAUUUCUAUGGGAGAUGAAGAGGAUUUGGUAAUGUCUGCUAGAAAUGGGAAUCCCAAGAUUGAAGGUCGUCUGGUCAUGGUAGUGCAAUAUUUCAAGGAUCCGGAAAACAGACAUGGAAUUUCAUUUCUUUUCAAUUUGAUCCCUGGCGAAACCUUUUUAAAGACCAGAGCAAGAUUACAUGACAAAUUUGGUUUAGGUCAGAAGGAAUUUUCGAAGAUAAAACUGAGAAUUUGGUACACUACACCAAAUGGUCACUCAUUCAGAUCAUUACAGGAUUACACAGACGAAGAGCUUGACAAGUUAAUCCUUUACAACAUCAUGAGUAACUUAGAUUGCAUUUACAUGGACCAUCCUGAUAGGCUAAGGACUCAGAGCUCACACGAUAGGCCCAUGUUUAUAAAGAAUUGA